AUGGCAAAUCAAGCAUUAGUUUGGAUUAGACUACGAUGGCGUUUAAUAACUCUUAUACUUAUACCAUUGAUUUUUCUUCCAUUACCCAUUAUUAUCAACUUACCGCAAGCAAAAUGUGGUUAUAUUGUAAUUAUUAUUACCGUUUACUGGAUAUUCGAAAUAAUACCAUUACCAGUUACAUCCCUAUUACCACUUGUAUUUUUUCCAAUGGCCGGUGUUUUGAAAGCUGAGACUGUGGCACCAUUGUAUUUCACUGAUAUAACUGCACUGUUUUUUGGCAGUCUGGCAUUUGCGCAUGCUAUAGAAUCAGUGAAUCUACAUCGCCGUAUUGCAUUAUUUGUAUUAAGUCUGGUUGGUACAUCGACUAAAUGGACUAUGGCUGGUUUAAUGGGAGUAACAGCAUUUCUUUCUAUGUGGAUUAGUAAUACAGCAUCGGUAUCAAUAAUGCUACCCGUAUCAUUAGCUAUUAUUGGAGAACUUCAACAACAAGUAACAGAUUUAACUGAUAAAAACCAAGUCAACCAAGAAGCAACGACUGCUGUUGAUGAAGUAAUUGAGUUAAGUGAAAUGGGUGUAUCCAAUGGCCAUACAAAAACUGGAGUUAUUCUCAAUGCUUCUGAAUUAGAAGAACAAAAAACAGAAGUUUCUGUUGAAGUGAAAACCCGUUUUCGACAAUCACGGCAAAGACAUGACCAACUUACAGUUGAUAGAUUACGUCAAAAACGAUUUGAUGACUUGAGAAAAGGAUUCCUACUCUCUAUCGCUUAUGCAUCAACUAUUGGUGGUUUAGCAACUCUUGUUGGCACAGGAACAAAUGUUUUUGUCAAGGGUUAUAUCGACGAAACAUACAAAGGAACUGCGUUUCGUGUAAAUUUUCUUAAUUUUCUUCUAUUUGGAUUGCCUGUUGGGGUAAUAAUGCUUAUUCUAUGUUGGUUAUGGUUGCAAAUAUUAUAUAACAGAAUACAGUUCUUUAAAUGGCGCACAGAUUCUAAAGAUCGUGUAUCGCAAGGUAAACUAAAAGCUAUGUUAUUAAAACAGUAUACGGAUCUCGGAAAACCAAGUUGGAAUGAAUAUUGUGUUGGAGUUGUUUUCAUUAUUAUGAUUCUUCUAUGGGUGACACGGGACUUUGGUGAAACAAAAGGAUGGAGUACUAUAUUCUUAGACGAGUAUAUGGAUGAUUCUACAGUUGCCGUAUUUUGUGGUUUACUUCCAUUAAUUUUGCCUAAUUCAAAUCCUUUUCAAAAAAAUUGGAAAUAUGAAUCAAUUGUCCAAUGGAAAGUUCUGGUAAAAAGUGUAUCAUGGGAUGCUUUAUUUUUACUUGGUGCUGGCUUGUCUAUUGCAGCCGCUUUUAGAACGUCAAAAUUAUCGGACAGUGUGGCGCAGGUACUUAAGUUUUUAGACGGCAUACCAAAUGCAGCAAUUAUUAUCUUAGUGAUCGUAAUUAGUGGUCUAUUUACUGAAGUAACAUCAAAUAUAAGUACAGCAAGUAUUUUCUUGCCUAUACUUGAUUCUGUUGCACGUUCAUCUUUUAUUCAUCCGGGUCUUCUUGUACUACCGUGUACUCUAGCUGUAUCUCUUGCUUUCAUGUUACCUAUUGCCACACCACCAAAUGCAAUCAUUUUCGGCUCUGGUGGUCUGCGAGUUAUUGACAUGGUUAAAACUGGUAUUGUCAUGAAUAUUUUGGGUUUUCUAGUUGUGUUUUUGGCUGCAACCACUUGGAUGCCAAAAAUAUAUGGUCUUGACGAUCGAGCCACAGAGAUUUUCUACAGUAUUAAUAUAACUACAAGUACAACUGCAGGACAGUAA